AUGGCGGAGACUAAAAUCAUUUACCACAUAGACGAGGAGGAGACCCCCUACCUGGUGAAGCUGCCUGUCCCGCCGGAAAAAGUCACUCUGGCCGAUUUCAAAAAUGUCCUCAGCAACCGGCCCGUGCACAGCUACAAGUUCUUCUUCAAGUCCAUGGACCAGGAUUUCGGGGUGGUAAAGGAGGAGAUCUCAGAUGACAAUGCAAAGCUACCUUGCUUCAAUGGAAGAGUGGUGUCCUGGCUGGUCCUGGCUGAAAGCUCCCACUCUGACACAGGCUCCCAGUGCACCGAGAGCCACACGGACCUUCCACCACCCAUCGAGAGGACAGGAGGCAUCGGAGACUCCCGGCCUCCUUCGUUCCACCCAAAUGCAGCCAGCAGCAGGGAUGGCCUGGACAAUGACACAGGAACAGAGUCAGUCGUUAGCCACCGGCGAGACAGACACCGCCGGAGGAACCGAGAAGGGCACGAGGAGGUCCCUCGGAUCAAUGGGCACCCGAAACUGGACAGGCACCGUGAGCACCCUCCUGGUUACGACAGCUCUUCCACCAUGAUGAGCAGUGAGCUGGAGUCCAGCAGCUUCAUUGACUCUGAUGAUGAUGACAACACAAGCAGGCUGAGCAGCUCCACUGAGCAGAGCACUUCCUCCCGCCUCAUCCGGAAGCACAAACGCAGGAGGAGGAAACAAAGGAUGCGGCAGGUUGACAGGUCGUCCUCGUUCAGCAGCAUCACUGAUUCGACCAUGUCCCUAAAUAUCAUCACUGUCACCCUCAACAUGGAAAAGUAUAACUUCCUGGGAAUCAGCAUUGUAGGCCAGAGCAAUGACCGUGGUGAUGGUGGCAUCUACAUUGGCUCCAUUAUGAAAGGAGGAGCUGUGGCAGCAGAUGGCCGAAUUGAACCCGGGGACAUGCUUCUGCAGGUGAAUGAUGUCAACUUUGAGAACAUGAGCAAUGACGAUGCCGUGAGGGUGUUACGGGAAAUAGUCUCCAAACCAGGACCUAUCAGCCUAACAGUAGCCAAAUGCUGGGACCCUACUCCCAGGAGUUACUUCACCAUCCCCAGGGCUGAACCGGUGAGGCCAAUCGACCCUGCGGCGUGGAUCUCUCAUACCACGGCCAUGACGGGAGCGUACCCCCGUUACGGUAUGAGCCCCUCCAUGAGCAUCACCACAUCUACCAGCUCCUCACUAACAAGCUCAAUUCCCGAGUCGGAAAAAUUAGAAGAGUCUCCCUUAACUGUGAAGAGUGACAUGGCUACAAUUGUCAAGGUUAUGCAGCUGCCAGACUCAGGCCUUGAAAUUCGGGACAGGAUGUGGUUAAAAAUCACCAUCUCCAAUGCAGUGAUAGGAGCAGAUGUGGUUGACUGGCUUUACACACAUGUGGAAGGCUUCAAAGACCGACGGGAGGCUAGGAAGUACGCCAGCAGCAUGUUAAAACAUGGCUACCUCAGGCACACUGUGAACAAAAUCACCUUCUCUGAACAGUGCUAUUACGUCUUUGGAGACCUCUGUGGCAAUAUGGCUGCCCUGAACCUUAACAAUGGUUCUAGCGGAGCCUCGGAUCAGGACACCCUUGCUCCACUUCCACAUCCUGCUGCUCCCUGGCCACUAGGCCAAGGAUACCCCUACCAGUAUCCUCUGCCCCCUCCGUGUUUCCCACCAGCAUACCAAGACCCAGGCUUUAGCUAUGGCAGUGGCAGUGCAGGGAGCCAGCAAAGUGAAGGAAGCAAAAGCAGCGGCUCGAACCGAAGCACCAGCGAGAACAGCAGGAGGGCUCUUGGCAGGGAGAAGGACCGCAAGUCGGCCGGCAGCGGCAGCGAGUCGGAGCACACCGCCCGCAGCGGCGGCGGCGGCGGCGGCGGCGGCGGGGGGCGGCGGGAGCGGCCCUGCAGCCAACUCAGCCACCGGAGCCACGGCUCCGCCACCGCCCACAGCGAGAGAAGCCACCACAGCCAUCAUUCUUACGGGCCUCCGGGAGUGCCACCCCUCUACAACCUCCCCAAACUGGGCUCCAAAGUCUACGGGACGAGCGGACCCCCUGGAGGGCCCCCGGUGAGGGAACUGAGCUCGGUGCCUCCGGAGCUGACGGGCAGCCGGCAGUCCUUCCAGAAGGCUAUGGGCAACCCUUGUGAAUUCUUUGUCGACAUCAUGUGAGGAG